GGAGGGGGGAAGGGGCGGGGCCCACUGAGAGAGGCGGAGGUGGGUUGCCAGACUGGGAGAGCCGGAGAAGGAGCUGGAGACCGAGCCUGGGCUGAGCAGGCUGACACAGUUGCAGGUUCCGAUCUUUGGGUACUCCAGGAGCUGCUCUCCAGCCCCUGCUUCUGGACCUAUGGAUUCUCCAUCUAGUGUUUCUUCCUAUUCCUCCUACUCUCUCUCUUCGUCUUUUCCCACCUCCCCAGUGAACAGUGACUUUGGCUUCCCCUCUGAUAGUGAGAGGGAGGACAAGGGGGCCCAUGGAACCAGGCCAGACACUGUUGGGCAGAGGGGAGGUUCACGGCCCAGCCCAGGUCCUAUCCGCUGCAGGCAUCGAUCAAAAGUUUGCAGUAACCAACAUACACCAUCUCAUCCGGAACAGCGAGGCUCAGCUUCUCCUAUGGCAGGAUCUGGGGCGAAAAGAUCAAGAGAUGGUGAAUUGGAGACCAGUCUAAACAUCCAAGGUUGUACCACAGAGGGAGACCUGCUGUUUGCCCAGAAGUGUAAAGAACUCCAAGGAUUUAUACCUCCUCUCACAGACCUUCUCAAUGGGCUGAAGAUGGGUCGUUUUGAGAGAGGAUUAAGCAGUUUUCAGCAGAGUGUGGCAAUGGACAGGAUCCAGCGUAUUGUAGGUGUUCUGCAGAAGCCACAGAUGGGGGAACGUUAUCUAGGAACCUUGCUACAGGUAGAAGGAAUGUUAAAGACUUGGUUUCCUCAUAUAGCUGCCCAGAAGUCAUCAUUGGGUGGUGGCAAGCAUCAGCUGACCAAGCAUUUUCCAGCCCACCACAAUGAUUCAGCUGCUUCCUCUCCUGCAUAUCCUGUGGAAAAGAUGGACCAGACACAGCUAGGACAUCUAGCUUUGAAACCAAAGCAGCCUUGGCACCUUACAGAAUGGCCAGCCAUGAACCUCACCUGGAUCCACACCACUCCAAUUUGCAACCCCCCUCUCAGCUCCCCAGGUACUGUCUCCUUUAGCCAUGGUCCUUUAGGCACUGGAACCGGCAUUGGUGUCAUUCUUUUCCUCCAGCAUGGAGUGCAACCCUUCACCCACUCUGCCCCAACCACUCCAGUCCCACCUGCUACAGCAUCUCCUGUCAUCUCUGGUGAUCCUAUGAAACUGUCUGGAGAGGGGCCUCGUUGCUAUAGUUUGCCAGUAACUCUGCCAUCAGACUGGAGCUAUGCCCUGUCCCCUCCCAGUCUAUCCACCUUGGCCAAAAAGACGACCACAGGACAACGGGAACAACAGAGAAGCCAUCCUGCAGUUGCUCCUGAUGUUCAUCUUCUCAACCCCUAGCCCAGGGCAUGUAGCUGUCCACCGUGAUUUGUCAUUUGUGUAAAUAUUCAUGUAUAUAUGUAUUUUUACUUUUAAUGUGUGCAUUUGUGUUGAGGGAAGAUAAAUCCUUCCUGAUUAAAGACUUUUUUUAUACCUAAA